CCCGGGGGGUGGAGGCGGUCGCUGCCUGGACGCCUCUGGCGGAGCCCCCGCUGCCAGCAGAGGUCGACGAGCGCCAGGUCACGCACCUGGUGAGCGUGGACGAGGUCGUCCCCGUCGAGGAGCUGCCGCAGCCGUGGACGGGCGUGGCGCCGACAUCCCCGUCGAAGAGCAGCCCACUGGGCGGCGAGCGCCGCGACGACGGAAGCUUCCGGAGGAAGACGGCCCGCGCGGCGACCACCUGCUCGCAGGACCCCAAGGAUGACGACCCGCGGGAGGACGGACGCCCGGUUGUGGAGGAAUAGGACCGGCCUAUCGCUUGAGUCAGGUCGGGGAUCUCCUUCUUCGGCAUGCGGUCCCUGAGGAACAAGAAGGGGACGGGCGAGGA